AUGAAAGACCUACGCGUCAUUGUCGUUGGAGCCGGCAUAGGCGGCCUUUCUUCGGCGUUGGCUCUGGCUAAGGACGGCCACGAAGUCACUGUGCUAGAGGGAGUCAAGGAAUUUCUCGAGGUUGGUGCCGGGAUCCGCGUGCCUCCAAAUUCAUCACGCUUGAGUCGGAGCUGGGGCGUCGAUUUCGACAAGAUCAAGAAGGAGAAGGCCGGUGGCAUUCGCUUCUUGGACUGGACCGGCAAGGUGAUCAAGGAUGUUCCAUACGACGACGUCGAGGCCAGGUAUGGCGCGCCAUACUACUUCAUCCAUCGGGCAGACCUGAUCAACCUGCUCGUCGACACGGCGUCCCGCCACAAAAACAUCACGUUGAGGAUGAACAGUCGAGUCAAAGAUUACGACUUCGAAGCUCCCGCAGUGACAUUGGCCUCGGGUGAAAGGCUCACAGCGGACCUGAUCAUCUGUGCCGACGGCAUCAAGUCCGCCGUCAGGAACACCAUCAAUGGAUCGCCCAUUGAGCCUCAAGACACUGGCGAUGUCGCAUACCGAGUGUUGGUUCCAGCCGAACCUCUGAAAAACGACCCGGAAACGCGCCAUUUGUUCGAUAACGCAUGGGCGAUGCACUGGCUUGGGCCUGAAGCUCAUGCCGUCGGCUACCCCUUACGGGGCGGAGAGCUGUACAACAUCAUCAUCGACAUCACCCACGCGACGGACGUGGGCAAACCCAUCGGCGACGAAGAAUGGCGUUCCCAGGCCGACAAUUCCGAGUUGGUAAAACGUUUCGCGAACUGGUGUGCCCCCGUCCGCAAGCUCUGCGGACUCACGGGGUCGUAUCUGAAAUGGAAACUGGCCGACUUCGACCACUUGCAAAGGUGGGUGCAUCCGAGCGGGAAAGUCGCCAUCCUCGGCGAUGCCUGCCACCCAAUGAUGCCCUAUAUGGCACAGGGAGCUGCGCAGGCCACGGAAGACGCGGCAACUUUGUCGGCUGCUCUUCGCGAGUACGACGACCUCCACGAAGCGCUGAAGGCGUACGAACGCCAAAGACUGCCGCGGGCGACACACGUUGCGAAGAACACAAGGGUACUCCAGUCCUGGUGGCACCUCUACGACGGUCCCGACAAGGACAGGCGCGACGAGCUGAUGCAGCACGACAACUUCGACAACCCCAUGUUCUGGGCCAACACCGCGAGGAAGGACUGGCUGUUUGGACACGACGCACUCAAGCUCCAGACGGAAGAUGAACUGAAGCCGCCGCCCUUGGCCCCGGCGCCUCCCAAGGGGGCCAGCGUGUACGAUGGCGAGAUCAAAGACACGGAGCUUCGACGAAAGUUUAGAGCCAUGCGCGAGCGCAGUUACCCAGGCCUCAUUGAAGCAUAG